UGUCCAGCCAGUUUCUCAGAAAAACUGUAGGAGUCACAGCAGCUCCUCCACCACCAUGAAGGGGACCUUCUUGAACACCAUCCUGGUCCUGGCUGUCUUCACAUGGGCUGCCGUCGCGGUGGACUUCCCUCUUCCUACGGGCGAAGGGGCGAGCCUCAGAGAGACAAAGGUCAAAUGCACCAACAAUAUCAAUCACUGCUGGUUUGCCUCCUACAUCAAGCCCAGUGAACUCAUCUGUGGCAGUGACUGGGUCACCUACAACGGCGAAUGCGACCUGUGCUCCAGAAUUCUAUAUGAGAGCCGCGACAUAACUAAACUGCAUGAUGGACCAUGUGAAAACUCCUGAACUCACACCACGGAGAAUUACAGAGCCACCGAAU